AUGAAUAUCGACCACCAAGAAUCCUGGAUUACGACACCAACAUCCGAUGCGGGCGUUGGCCUAGGCGUAAAAAUAAUCUUCGCAGUCGGUGCAGCCGGCCUCUUCGGUGCCUUCGCAUACAAGUUAUACACAGUUGCUAAAGAAAUGGUGAACGCUCCAGCACCCGGAAACGGUGGGGCUAACGGAAAUGUCCUGGCUAACGGACGAGCCGUGGCUAACAGAAAUGCCGGAGAAAACAUCCCACUGCAGGAUUUGCCAGAGAGAGAGGAUCAUUGA